GGCAGGGGAGAGACCAGACCGAGGAAGGGAGGUGGGGAGAGGCGACGGACGGAGACCGCGACCGCCCGGUUUGUUGUCCACACCGCACACCAUCCCCCCUCCCGAUUCCUCCUCCCCUCGCCGUCGCCGUCCUUUUAUUUAUCUAUCCCUCGGCUCGAUUCCAUCUCCACUAGCCGCUCCUCGUCGCCGCCCGCCGCCCGCCGCGGCCUCGCUCCCACCAUCCCUCCCGGACUCCCCGUCUCCGCGCGCGCCGAUCCCGCGAUCGGGCGAGGCGGCUCACGCCAGUCCAGGCGCCCAGGUUCAACUUGGACACAACGGUGCUGUAUUGUGACAGGCGGUGCCCUUGCUUGGCGACGUUUGUGUUUUGUUGAUCGUCAAAAGGCUUUCCAUACAACUUAGCCCUCUGUUUUUGCUAGCUGUCUAUAUCUGUUUGGAGAGGGCAAUCUAGCAACAAUGUCAUCUCUUCAGUUAUUGCAACUUACGGAGCAUGGACGGAACCUUUUUUCUUCGAGAAGGAGGACGCUUGCAGUUGUUUCUGGCGCACUACUUGCUGGUGGUACUUUAGCAUAUGCGCAGUCAGGUCGACGGCGGAAACAUCGGGAAGAAAAUCAUUCUAAUGAUGGAAAUGUACAUAGCAGGAGUAAAGAGAACAUUAGUCAAAAUGGUGUUGACGGUAAAGUGGUUAAACCAAGGAAAAAGAAAAAUUUAUUGAAAUCCUUACAUUUCCUGGCUGCUAUUUUGCUCAAGAAGAUUGGCCCAAGCGGAACGAAUUACCUUCUUGGCUUGAUGUUAACAGCAGUGUUACGUACAGCCAUUGGUCACAGAUUAGCAAAAGUUCAAGGGUAUUUGUUCAAAUCCGCGUUUCUUCGGCGUGUUCCGACCUUCACACGCCUAAUCAUUGAAAAUCUUCUAUUAUGCUUUCUCCAGUCCACGGUAUAUCAGACCUCAAAGUACUUGACAGGAUCCUUAAGCUUGCGCUUCAAGAAAAUUUUGACGGAUCUCAUCCAUGCUGAUUACUUUGAGAAUAUGGUUUACUACAAGAUCUCACAUGUAGAUCAUCGGAUUUCAAACCCAGAGCAAAGGAUUGCUAGUGAUAUUCCUAAGUUCUGCGCAGGGCUAAGUGACCUUGUACAAGAUGAUCUGAUUGCAGUUGCAGAUGGGUUAAUAUACAUCUGGCGCAUCUGCUCUUAUGCAAGUCCGAAAUAUGUUCUCUGGAUUCUGGCAUAUGUACUUGGUGCUGGUGGCACAAUUAGAAAAUUUUCUCCUUCUUUUGGGAAGUUGAAAGCCAUGGAACAACAACUAGAAGGGGAAUAUCGCCAGGUUCAUUCACGACUGAGAACUCAUGCUGAGAGCGUGGCAUUUUAUGGUGGUGAGAACAGAGAAGAAUCACACAUUAUGCAGCGGUUCCAGGCUCUUGUGCGGCACGUUAAUGUUGUUCUUCAUGAGAACUGGUGGUUUGGCAUGAUUCAGGAUUUUCUUCUGAAGUAUCUUGGUGCCACAGUGGGAGUUAUCUUGAUUGUCGAACCUUUCUUUGCGGGAGAUCUUAAGCCUGAUACAUCUACUUUAGGACGGGCAGAGAUGUUGAGCAAUCUUCGAUAUCACACAAGUGUGAUAAUAUCAUUAUUCCAGUCCCUUGGCACCCUUUCUACCAGUUCAAGACGUUUAAAUCUUCUCAGUGGCUACGCAGACCGUAUUCAUGAGUUACUGGAUGUUUCACGUGAGCUGUCUGGGGUUCGCGACAGAUCAAUGAACCGAAAUUCUUCUGCCAAAAAUUAUAUUAGUGAGGCAAACUAUAUAGAAUUUUCAGGUGUUAAGGUGGUGACACCCUCUGGGAAUGUCUUGGUUGAUGAUUUAACUCUCAGGGUGGAGUCGGGUUCUAAUCUUUUGAUCACUGGUCCUAACGGUAGUGGAAAAAGCUCUCUUUUCCGUGUUCUUGGGGGUCUGUGGCCACUUGUAUCUGGCCACAUUGUCAAACCUGGUGUUGGUUCUAAUCUUAACAAGGAAAUCUUUUAUGUCCCCCAGCGACCAUAUACAGCUGUCGGAACACUUCGCGACCAGUUAAUCUAUCCACUUACAGCAGAUCAGGAAACCGAACCACUUAGCUAUGGUGGUAUGGUGGAUCUUCUAAAGAAUGUUGAUUUAGAAUACUUGCUAGAACGUUACCCUCUCGACAAGGAAGUGAACUGGGGUGAUGAGUUGUCUCUUGGUGAGCAACAGAGAUUGGGAAUGGCCAGAUUGUUCUACCAUAAGCCCAAGUUUGCCAUCCUGGAUGAGUGUACUAGUGCUGUGACGACUGAUAUGGAAGAACGUUUCUGCAAUAGGGUCCGAGCAAUGGGCACGUCAUGCAUAACAAUAUCUCACCGGCCAGCAUUAGUUGCUUUUCAUGAUGUCGUUUUGUCCUUGGAUGGUGAAGGAGGGUGGAAAGUUCAAGAUAACAGAAAUGGUUCCUUCCUUCCUACUGAAUCGGAGUUUGAUGCAUUGAAGUCAUCAGAAACUGACCGUAAAUCUGAUGCACUUGCUGUUCAAAGAGCUUUUAGUGCUAAUACAAAGGAAAAUACGUUAUCGGGCCCCAAGGAACAUUCUUAUUCAACACAGGUCAUAGCUACUUCACCCAAUAUGGAAAUAGAAUCCACAGAACAGCCACAUCUGAUCCCACAAUUGCAGUGCUCGCCGAGACCUUUGCCUGUUAGAGUUGCUGCAAUGUCUAAAAUACUGGUUCCUAAAAUCAUUGAUAAGCAAGGAGCGCAAUUGCUUGCAGUUGCAGUACUCGUACUUUCUCGGACUUGGAUAUCUGAUCGUAUAGCUUCACUGAAUGGGACUAGUGUUAAGUAUGUCCUGGAGCAGGACAAGGCUGCCUUCAUUCGACUGAUCGGGACCAGUGUAAUGCAAAGUGCAGCAAAUUCAAUUGUGGCACCAUCACUGAGACACCUUACUUCAAAGAUUGCUCUUGGAUGGCGAAUUCGCAUGACCAACCAUCUACUUGCGUAUUAUUUGAAAAGAAAUGCUUUUUACAAGGUAUUCAACAUGACAGGCAUGGAGAUUGAUGCAGACCAAAGAAUAACACGUGAUGUGGAGAAGUUGACCAAUGAUCUUGCUGGCUUAGUAACUGGAAUGGUGAAACCAUCAGUUGACAUUCUUUGGUUUACAUGGAGAAUGAAACUUUUAUCUGGGAGAAGAGGAGUUGCUAUUUUGUACGCAUACAUGUUGCUAGGGCUUGGUUUUCUAAGAGCCGUUUCCCCUGAUUUCGGUGAUCUUUCAAACCAAGAACAAGAACUUGAAAGUUCUUUCAGGUUCAUGCACUCAAGACUGCGGACACAUGCUGAGUCAAUUGCUUUCUUUGGUGGUGGAUCAAGGGAAAGAGCUAUGGUUGAAGCUAAGUUCGCAACUUUGCUUAACCACUCGAAGAUUCUUUUGAGGAAAAGAUGGCUUUAUGGUAUUUUCGACGAUUUCGUGACAAAGCAGCUGCCUCACAAUGUGACAUGGGGAUUAAGCCUGUUAUAUGCUUUGGAACACAAGGGGGACCGAGCUUUGACUUCAACGCAAGGAGAGUUAGCACAUGCCCUGCGGUUCCUGGCAUCUGUAGUGUCACAAAGUUUCAUAGCUUUUGGUGACAUUCUCGAGUUGCAUAAGAAAUUCCUUGAACUUUCUGGUGGUGUCAAUAGGAUAUUUGAACUCGAGGAGCUUCUAAAGGCAUCUCAAAGCAAUGCUGUCAUGCCCUCAAAUGUUAUCAGUGUGCCAUCUGAAGAAACUAUUUCCUUCCGUAAUGUGGAUAUUGUGACCCCAUCGCAAAAGCUAUUGGCUAGCCAAUUGUCUUGUGAUGUGUCUCAAGGAAAAAGCCUUCUUGUCACUGGUCCAAACGGCAGUGGCAAGAGUUCCAUUUUUAGGGUGCUCCAAAGUUUGUGGCCUGUAGCUUCUGGAAGGCUCACCGUGCCAUCUGAAGGGAUAUUUCACGUUCCUCAGCGCCCAUAUACUUGCCUUGGAACCUUGAGGGAUCAGAUCAUAUAUCCUCUCUCACGUGAGGAGGCAGAGUUGAAGAUGGCCAAAACGGGUGACAGGUCUACGUCGCUGGACGAUCACCUGAGGACAAUUCUGGAGAAUGUUCGCUUGGUCUAUCUUCUCGAAAGAGAAGGUUGGGAUGCUACUCCCAACUGGGAAGACAUUUUGUCCUUGGGAGAACAGCAGAGGCUAGGCAUGGCCCGUCUGUUCUUUCACUCUCCUAAGUUUGGUAUCCUCGACGAGUGCACCAAUGCCACAAGUGUCGACGUCGAGGAGCAUUUGUACAGGCUAGCAACUGACAUGGGUAUAACUGUGGUCACUUCCUCCCAAAGGCCAGCUCUGAUACCCUUCCAUUCGUUGGAACUGAAGCUCAUCGACGGCGAAGGGAAGUGGGAGCUGUGCGCAAUCAACCACUAUAAGCAACCAAGAACCAACCGUCCGACCUUGCUGCCGGCGCCGGCGACGACGCAGCCCCGCUCCCGCCCCCGCGCCGUGGAGGGCGCUCCCCUCGCCGGAGGGAGCAGCACCGACGGCUUGAGCACGGAGGCCUCCAUGAGAGCCAGAGAGAAAAACAGAGGAGAGAGGGAAGCAGCAGCAGCGGCUCGUGGCCGUGGCCUUUUCCUGCUCUCCGAGGAUAAGGCAGAAAAAAAAAAGGAAAAAACUAGACGAAGAGGAAGGGCCGAGAACUCCUCUUGGGCUCAUUCUGCCGGGCCUCCAGUGGACGACGGCCCGGUUCGGGCACCAAAAAAACCCUACCUGCGGCCCAGCAGACCGAGCCGAACUAUUCCUUUCCCCUUCCCCUUCCCCUCCUCCACGGCAGCUUCUCCCCCCUCCUCCUCGCCGGCGGCUCCCUCCACCAGCACCACCGGCCCCGCCGCCGCGAUGCUCCGGCUCCGCUCCUCCGCCCGCCUGCUCCGCAAGCUGUGCGAGGCGUCCCGGCCGCUGGGGCGCGGCGAGGUCCCAAGAGUGCCGCCGCUGCCGACGAUGACGCGGCGGCUCUCCGGCGCAGCCUCCGCCGCGCGCUCGACCUCGCUCCUGCACCCGCUGCCGGGGCUCGACCUCCCGCCCUGCCUCCCCGACCAGCUCCCCCGCCUCCCCACCCGCGUCACCACGCUCCCCAACGGCGUCCGCGUCGCCUCCGAGGACGUCCCGGGUCCCACGGCGUGCGUGGGGGUGUUCGUGGCGUCGGGCUCGAUCCACGAGUCGCCCGAGUCCGCCGGCGUCACGCACCUGCUGGAGAAGCUGGCGUUCAAGGACACGGCGCACCGGAGCCACCGGCAGAUCGUGCAGGAGGUGGAGGCCACGGGGGGCAACAUCGGCGCCUCCGCCUCCAGGGAGCAGAUGGUCUACAGCUACGACACGCUCAAGGCCUACAUUCCGCAGGCCGUCGAGGUGCUCCUCGACUCCGUCCGCAACCCGCUCUUCGUCCAGGACGAAGUCGACAGGCAGCUGGCCCUUACCCGAGAAGAGGUCCACGGGGUGCAGAAGAACCCGGAGAAGUUCCUUCAGGAAGUACUUAACCUUGCUGGAUACGAGGGGGCGCUCGCGAACCCGCUGAUAGCUCCCGAGGAGGCUCUUGAGAUCAUCAAUGCCGAUAUUAUUCGGAAGUUCUAUCAUGAAAACUUCACUGCUGAUCGUGUGGUUCUAGCAGCGUCAGGUGUUGAUCAUCAACAGUUGUUAGAUGUCGCAGAACCUUUGUUGUCUGAUUGGCACAAGGGGUCCCCUAUGGAAACACCAAAGUCUACGUACACAGGUGGUGAUUUCAGAUACAAAGCAGAAUCAGAUAUGACACAUGUCGCGUUGGCUUUUGAAGUGCCAGGCGGCUGGCUUAAAGAGAGAGAGGCUACAAUUAUGACCGUCAUACAGACCUUAAUGGGUGGUGGCGGCUCAUUCUCCUCUGGUGGUCCUGGAAAAGGGAUGCAUUCACGGCUUUACCUGAGAGUUCUAACUAAAUAUCACGGCGUCCAAUCAUUUUCAGCAUUCAGUAAUGUAUAUGAUAACACUGGCCUGUUUGGCAUCUAUUUGACAACGCCACCAGAUUUUGUUUCAAAGGCUGUUGUUAUCGCGGUGCAGGAAUUGAUCGCUAUUGCAACGCCUGGACAAGUGACGGAGGUUGAGCUGACACGUGCGAAAAACUCGACGAUUUCAUCCGUGCUAAUGAAUCUUGAAUCGAGGGUAAUUGUUGCAGAAGAUAUAGGGAGGCAGCUUUUGACUUAUGGUAGCAGGAAACCCAUUGAUCAUUUUCUUCAGUGCAUGGAGGAACUGACCCUAGAUGACGUUACAGCGUUUGCUAAGAUGAUGUUAUCUUCCCAACCUACAAUGGCUAGCUAUGGAGAUGUCAAUAAAGUUCCGCCGUAUGAAUUUAUUAGCAUGCUGCUCCAACGGUUCCGAUAGCACCCUAACACCAUGAUCCCUGGUGAAGACGAAGACACAGAGCUCUCUUCCAGUUCUCCCUAAUACUUGGCGUUGUGCUCGGAAUUUUUCUUUGUUUUACUCGUGCGUGAACGAGGUUAGUUUUGUAUUGGCGUAGUUCAAACAGCGCAUGCUGAUGAAAUGUCUUGGGUAGACAGGAAAACAAUUUUCUUGAAGCUUGUAUGGAAAUUUUGCCCUGCCAAUCUAUAUGGUCUCGUUGCCAUGUAAAAUUUUCAGUACGUGUGCUGAGUUUCAUGAUGAUAAUAUAUAUCAAUGGUGACUUUUA